ACCUCCGCACAGGAAGCAUCGUAGUGUCGCGCUUGGAUACGUGUAGUGUUGUGUGUGUCGUGUUAUAGUGACGGUGUGUUAGUGUGUGUACAGUGGAUUAUCAUCAUGUGCUGACGUACAAUGUACCCGACUGCGACGAUGAACGCCGCCGCCGUAGCUGCGGCAGCUCGACAUCCGGGCCCGCCUCAGCCUGGCCAGCCAUUCAAGUUCACAGUAGGUGAAUCAUGUGAUCGGAUAAAAGAGGAGUUCAACUUUCUACAGGCGCAAUACCACAAUUUAAAGUUGGAAUGUGAGAAGCUGGCGAGCGAGAAGAUCGAGAUUCAAAGGCACUAUGUGAUGUAUUACGAGAUGUCAUAUGGGCUCAAUGUAGAGAUGCACAAACAGACUGAAAUUGCAAAGAGACUGAAUGCUAUCAUAGCACAAAUCCUUCCCUUCCUUUCCCAAGAGCACCAACAGCAGGUCGCUACUGCUGUGGAGCGUGCUAAGCAGGUUACCAUGACCGAACUGAACGCCAUCAUUGGGCAGCAACGCCCUGACCUCCCCCGUCUGUUGCAACAGAUGCACGCCCAGCAGUUGCCCCAUGCCGGGCACGCACCACCACUGCCCAUGAUGCCUCACCCCGGCUUGCCCGGCCCGCCUAGCACUGCCGCCUCCCUGCUGGGCCUCAGCGGUGCCCUGUCCGCCCCCGGGGCCCACCCCCUCUCCAUGCUGGCCAAACCUGACCUGCACACCAGGGAGGAGGUCAAGUCUAACAGCGGAAUCAACUCUGCUGAAGAAAGACAUAGAAAUUCAAUAUCACCGGCCGAGAGAGAAAAGUACCGACCAAGAAGUCCUGUCGAACAGGAACACAAGAAAAUGAAGAAAGAAGAAAAAGACUGCCAUGCGAGUGAUGGGGAGAAGAGUGACCAAGAUUUGGUUGUGGAUGACGCUAGUGAGGACCCCGUUUCACCACCGAAUGGAACGGCUUCACCAAGAGAAAACGGACUCGAGAAGCUAGCACCGAAAAAAGAACACGUAGGACCUCACAGCCCAAGAAGUGGAACGUCGUCCAACGCCAGUACGCCAUCAACCAAAAAGAUGGAGGAGAAGCCUACAACCCCCAUCAGUAAAUCUGUCACGCCUACAAGCGGGGGUAGCAGUAGUACUGUCGGGGCCCCAGCACUCAAACCUCUAGUCAAGCCCCCCACACUCGCUCAAUACCCCCACUACCUGGCUGGGGCGGGGCCUCACGAGCUACAGGCUGCUGGGGCCUACGGGGCCUUGCAUAACAACCUCCCUCCCGCGCUCAACAGCUACCCUAGACCACCCCUGGUUGGAUAUGACCCUCACUCCCAGAUGAGGGCACCACUGGGACCAGCACUGGGUGGUAUACCUGGAGGCAAACCAGCCUACUCGUUCCACGUCAGUGCGGAGGGCCAGAUGCAGCCGGUGCCGUUUCCGCCAGACGCCCUGAUAGGCCCCGGCAUCCCUCGUCACGCACGACAGAUCAACACACUCAGCCAUGGCGAGGUUGUUUGUGCCGUCACCAUCUCCAACCCUACCAAGUACGUCUACACGGGAGGCAAGGGGUGUGUCAAGGUCUGGGACAUCAGCCAACCCGGCACCAAGAGUCCUGUCAGCCAACUAGAUUGUCUGCAAAGGGAUAACUACAUCCGCUCGGUCAAACUCCUCCCUGACGGUAGAACACUAAUCGUCGGCGGAGAAGCGAGCAACCUCAGUAUCUGGGACCUUGCGUCUCCCACGCCGAGGAUAAAGGCAGAGUUAACGUCGUCAGCGCCAGCCUGCUACGCGCUCGCCAUCAGCCCCGACUCAAAGGUCUGCUUCAGCUGUUGUAGCGACGGAAACAUCGCGGUUUGGGACCUCCACAACCAGACGCUGGUGAGACAGUUCCAGGGACACACGGACGGAGCGUCCUGCAUAGACAUCUCCGCAGACGGGACCAAGCUGUGGACGGGAGGGUUGGACAACACGGUGCGAUCCUGGGACCUUCGCGAAGGGCGACAACUACAACAGCACGACUUCUCCUCUCAGAUCUUCUCCCUGGGUUACUGCCCCACGGGCGAGUGGCUGGCUGUAGGGAUGGAGAACAGUAAUGUAGAAGUGUUACACGCCCUCAAGCCAGACAAGUACCAGCUGCACCUGCACGAGAGCUGUGUGUUAUCGCUGCGCUUCGCCGCGUGUGGCAAGUGGUUCGUCUCUACAGGCAAGGACAACCUCCUCAACGCCUGGCGGACACCUUACGGAGCUUCUAUCUUCCAGUCCAAAGAGUCGUCGUCGGUGUUAAGCUGCGACAUCUCUGCUGACGACAAAUACAUCGUGACGGGCUCGGGCGAUAAGAAGGCAACCGUCUACGAAGUCAUUUACUGACCACGCUCAAAGUCAAAAAAGUGACCGAGCAAGAUCCCUGCGCUGAGUCCCUCUACUUAGUUGUAUCUUACUUGUCAUCGGUGAAUUUGUAUUGUAAAUGACUCAUGUGAUAAAAAUGCACCAAUGAUACAGCAAUCGUUCAGGAAUGAGUAAACAAGUUUUGUAGUGUGGUGAAAAAGUGGUGUAGCUAUUUUUUAAAUGUUAAAUGUAUUGCGUAGGCAAUGACCAAAGAAUCUGAAUUUUGUUAAAUGUUAUUAUGUUUUUGAAAAUCUUCCUUUUGUGGAAUGUGAAAUCACAUUUUUGUUUAUAGAGUGUACAAAUUUAUCUUUCUUACAAAAGAAGAGCUUGGUAUUGGUGCUUGUAAUGUGAACGGACCAUUUUUAAUAUAAAAAAAACAACUAUUUUUCUUCAAGGCUGCUCAGAAGGUAUUUUUUUGACAAAGUUUUAUGUGAAUCAAUAGACGAACAUAUUUAAAUUGUUUAUCUUACUUUUGUAUUAAUAACACCAAAGAAAAAAAAAACAGUUUUUGUUUAUCGACACAAAUCUGCAAGGAACCAUUAUGAUCAAAUUAAUUACAUCUUGUACAAUAAAAGAAUGUAACUAAUAUUUUUGAAUGGUGCAUGCAAAAAAAAUGAAAUUUCUCAUAAUUUGAUAUAAAUGAAAAUCAACCCUUUUUUUGAACAAUGACAAGUAAUAUCUGAUCUCGGAUGAAUAGAGGGCCGAGGUGUACAAUGAAUCUCUUAUAUCCACUUACCAUACUCUUGUACAUUUCUAGACGAGACUAGGUGCUUUAGGUUAACCUGUUUGUGUUGAUCUCCAGUUGUAAGUUUAUUUUCGUUCGACACAGUGUACAGACGUUCGUUAGACGACAGUGCAUUUUGUUUUGUGACGUGUCCGAUUUUUGUACAGAUAAGAACUUAUUAAUGCUGUUUUUCUUCUUUUCCAAGAAAAUGUUUAUGUAAUUGUUUUUAAUUCUGGAAAGUAUUUACUAGUGACUAGGUCUAGAGAUGUUUCUCAAAUUUUUCAUUUCGAACCUUUGAUAUUUUCCACAUUUUAACAGCGAAAGUAACACUGAAAGUUACGUUAAAUUACUGUAAAUAAUAGUUAUAAUUUGUUGGUUGAAGCAGUGUUACGUUAAUGAUUAUGUAAUUAUUUAUCGUUACGUAGAACACUAUUUUUAACAGAAAAUUCGCUAGAUAUAAAAAUGUGCAAAAUAUCAAAGUUGUACUGUACAUUGCAUUUUGCCGUUUUAUACAAUAUUUAUUAAUUUUUCACAUCCCACAUUGUGUUAUUCAGUAUCUGUUAUUGAAAUCGAAAUAGCAUUUAUGUACAACACUGCUUGUGCCGUACAAAGUAUAUUUUUCUGUAUACACCAUAGACACUAUCAGGGAUAGGUUUGUACCGUGUAUAUACGUAUGUUCAUGUACAGCUACGCUAGCGACUAGCGACUCUCCACCGAAUUACUACGCUGGUAAAUCUCAUCAUCUGUUACUAGUAAACACGAUU